AUGUUGAUUACAAUUACAUUUCCAUCGAUUAAAACUUUAAAGAAUAUUGUUGAUCGUAUGAAGACGUUGAGUAAUUUUCUUAUUUUACAAGGAAAUAAAUCUGGUGAAUUAACAGUUAAAAUUGAAACAGAUUUAGUUGUUCAACGUUUUGCUUCAAGAGUUGUAAUGAGAGACUUGGUAUCGGAUUCAUGGGAGAUCCAAAGUCAAAAUAAAUUCAAUUCAAUCACUUCAACGCAAAUUCAUAUAUUAAUGAUGUCAUUUUUUUCUUUUAAAGACAAUGGUAAUACGGCAAAUAAUGAUCAUCAACAAGCAAUAACAAGUGCAGAAGUCCGAAUAGAUAUUAAAAAAUUCGCUCAAUUUUUAAACAGUCAACAAGCACACGUUGGAAAAGUGAUAUGUAAUUUAGCAAAUAAUCGUACUGCUCAUAUAUUUGUACUUCAUGAAUAUUUUACAUUACAAUGUUUAUUGCCGUCAAUUGCUUACUAG